AUGGACCCACUCGCCGGAAUGGACGAUUCUACGACUGAUGAUGAUAAUACUUCUCAAACAACUGAGGAUGACCCUCAGGUACCAGAAAAUCAUCCUCCUGCACCACAACCUCCUCAGCCAGUCCCUCAAGCGCCGCCACCGGCAACGUCAAGCACGCGAGAAAAGCCAAAUUAUGAACUUCGUCAUAUACUGAGGGGACAUACGCAGUCUAUAUCCGCCGUUAAAUUUAGUCCUGACGGAACGCUACUUGCAUCUUGCGCCGCAGAUAAUCUGGUAAAAAUAUGGUCUCCGUUCACAGGAGAGUUAAUCAGAAACUUGAGUGGCCACACCAAAGGACUUUCAGAUAUCGCAUGGUCAACAGACGGUGUGUAUCUCGCAUCGGCGUCUGAUGACACCAGUGUAAGAAUAUGGAACGUUGAUUCUGGAUUAACAACGAAACACCUCAAAGGGCACUCUAGUUUCGUGUUUUGUGUAAAUUACAACACAGCAUCCAACCUCCUUGUUUCCGGAGGUUGUGACGGUGAUGUUCGAAUAUGGAACGUCGCAAGAGGAAAAUGCAUGAAGACUUUGCACGCGCAUCUUGACUAUGUUACUGCCGUGCACUUCAACAGAGACGCCACCCUGAUAGUCUCUUGUGCUCUUGAUGGGUUAAUCCGGAUAUGGAACACCACAACGGGUCAAUGCUUGAAAACCCUCGCUGAAGGACACGAUGCCGUAUGCCAACACGUACAAUUCUCACCCAACUCCAAGUACAUUCUCUCAACUGCUCAUGAUAGUGCGAUCAGGUUAUGGGACUAUCACACGUCACGCUGCUUGAAAACAUACACGGGUCAUCGUAAUGAGAUGUUCUGUAUAGCGGCCUGUUUCAGUGUUACAGGGGGGAAAUGGAUUGUUUCUGGGAGUGAAGACCAAAAGGUUUAUAUAUGGGAUCUUCAAAGUCGUGAGGUUGUGCAAGUUCUUGAAGGACAUGGAGGUGUUGUCGUUGCUGUGGCUACUCACCCACAGCAAAACAUGAUUGCGUCUGGCUCCAUCGAGUCAGACCUUACAGUUCGCAUAUGGUCUGAUUGUGGGUCAACAUCUUGA